AGUAGCUAGCUAGUGAUUAAUGGGCUCCUCACAAUACCUUCAAACUUAUGAAGAGAUAACAUUAAAGCAAGAAGUCGGGAGAAGGCCGAGUUGAUAUAGGGACAAGUUGUGGCGCACAGAAAUCACUUUCACCUUUGCUCAUCCAUGUUAACGACACAGCGCCGCUACUAGGUGCAGUGCUAGCAGUAAUCUCCACCACUUACUUGAACAAGUACAGGACCCACAACAGCUACAUGUACAGCUGAGAGGAACACGGCGACUUUAGUGCGUAGAUAUUUUUUGGUUAACUUAGUUUGUUACUGUUUGUCUACUUAGGCUUCAAGACGGAUCCAACACUGGAUAUGUUGGAUUUCUGUGCCGCUCCGGAUCCAUCAGCGACGACGGCUGGGGGGUACGCAGGGCACUGCCAGAACGCUAGUCCUGUCAGUAUGCAGUCGUUAUUUAAUGUCAACUCUAGUUACGUAGACUCUGUGUGUGCCGGUUCGUCUCCCUUAACAUCACGGCAGAGCGCGUUCGUACUGAGCAAUCCUCCUCUAGCGGCGCUCCAUAAUAUGACGGAAACCAAAGUUCCCCCCGCCGCCAGCCUCCUCUCACAGACUUCUCACUACUCACAGACCUCUCUCAAACAUUUUGGCUUUGGUCCCAACUCGACCCCACACGGCAUCACAGAUAUACUCAGUCGGCCUCUGCCGUACGGCACCACAGCCAACCUCAGUAUUCCGCGGCUCAACAGCACGGGGAUGUACUACCCUCAGAGCAGGUUUCCCAGUUGUAAACCCCUGGCUGAUUUGCCGGGGAGAACACCCAUCUAUUGGCCCGGGGUCGCGGCCAUGGGACCCCAGUGGAGGGCACAGCAAGGGGACAGCUAUCUGGUCCAAGGCAACAUGUCGGUGGACAAGGACGGUAAAAAGAAACACACCCGACCCACUUUCUCAGGUCAGCAGAUAUUCGCCCUGGAGAAGACAUUUGAACAGACCAAGUACCUGGCUGGUCCAGAGAGAGCGCGGCUAGCGUACGCACUGGGCAUGACAGAGAGCCAAGUUAAGGUCUGGUUCCAGAACAGACGGACGAAAUGGCGGAAGAAACACGCGGCAGAAAUGGCGACGGCCAAGAAGCGACAAGAAGAGCGCGCACAACAGAUGGACAGCUCCGACACCGAGGACUCUGAAAACUACAGAAAAGCCACAUCGACGACGCCAAACCUUACUGGAAGCUCCCCGCCCCCUGAUUUUACGUUUAAUCCCUCACAGUUAGGCCUUGUGUAACGUGGCACUACCCACACAAGCGUGGGCCCUUGCCAAAUUUGGUGCUUCCUUCACCGGUACAGUAUUAUACAGCAAAGAUACCUGAGGAUGGGGCGGGGGCGGGGG